AAUCAGAUUUCGGAUAUUCGGGUCGGACUUGAUUUGAUUGUCCUAAAAAUCAAACCCGUAUCAAAUUCAAUCAGCUUUUAAAAAUAAAAAUCGUAACCAAACCUUAAAAAUCAGGUUGAGUAAAAAUCAUUUAGAUCAGUUUGGUCGGAGAUAUAUGUCGGUUCGGAAAAUUCGGUCAUCUGCUUACGGCAAAUGCAAAAAAGAAUGUCUCAACUCUCGAGAGUGCAAGAGAUGAUACUGAGAAGGGUCUGCUUCAGUUCGAACACUCUUGUUCGAUUUCCUAGACACGGUGUUAUCACAUUGUUUCACUUACAUUCACUUUCUCGAUCAUCCACUUACCCUAAUUCUAAAUAUAUACCCAGUUAUCACUCGGAACUUGAACAAUUACUUAGUGAAAAAUGCAAGGUUGGUUUCGAUAAACUCGAAGAUGCUCUCGUUGUGUUUGAUAAAAUGCUUGGUAUGAGACCUCUGCUUAAUGUUGUCAAAUUUAAUCAACUCUUGGCUGCCCUUGUUAAGACCAAGGACUACUCUGUAGCACUCUCUCUGUAUAGACGUAUGUGCAUUCUAGGCAUCCCAGUUAGUGUCAUUACUUUAACUACUGUGAUUAACUGUUGUUGCCAUUUGAAACAAGUCGAUUAUGGGUUUGCGUUGUUGGCUGCCAUCUUUAAGCGUGGCUUUUUCGCGGAUGUUGUUACCUACACAACUCUUGUCAGGGGGCUCAUUUCACAGGACAGGUUUCUGGAGGCGGAGAUUCUGUUCAAGAACCUUCUCAAGGAGAAUGAAGUUAAGCCUGAUGCGGCUAUCUUUACAACCAUCAUUGACGGACUCUGCAAAACAGGCAACACUUCGCAGGCUAUCAUGUUGCUUAGAUACAUGGAGAGGAAAGGUUGUAUGCCGAGUGUAGUGACUUAUAACAUUGUUAUUGAUAGUUUGUCCAAAGACAGAUUGGUGGAUGAUGCUUUGGGCCUUCUUGCGGAAAUGAGUGACAAAGGCGUUCAACCAAAUGUUGUUACCUAUAGCUCGUUGAUUCAUGGUCUGUGUAAUCUCAACCGCUGGGAUGAUAUUAUCCAAUUGUUCAGGGAUAUGGACAGACACAAAGUUUCUCCAGAUAAGCAUACGUAUAGUAUAUUGGUUGAUGCACAUGUUAGAGAUGGAAAGGUGAAAGAGGCUGAAGAGUUGAUAGAGUUAAUGAUUCGAAGAGGCCAGCCUCCAGAUGUAGUCACUUAUAAUAGCCUAAUGGAUGGAUACUGCUUGCGAGGAGAAUUGGAUAAAGCAUUAGCAGUGCUCAGAACCAUGACAAGUAAGAGGAUUUUGCCAGACACUCAUACCUAUAGCAUAAUGAUCAAUGGUUAUUGUAAGAAGUUAGAAGUAGACAGAGCAAUACAUAUCUUGGAAGAAAUGCCUCUGAAAGGUUUAGAGCCUAGUGUUGAAACGUACAAUACUAUUUUGGAUGGGCUAUUCCGUACGUAUAGGCUUGAUGAAGCACAUAAGUUUUAUAAGAAGAUGCUAAAUCUGGGCGUUAAACUGAAUAUAGUGACACGCGGGAUCUUUUUGCAUGGACUUUGCUGGAAUGGACUUGUUGUUGAAGCAAUGUCUGAGUUUCACAAGAUGGAAUCAUGUGGCUUAGUUCAUCAUACACGCAUUUAUAAUAUUCUGAUUCAUGGACUGUUCAAGGACGGCAAGGUUGACGAGGCAAGAAACCUUUUUAAUAAUCUUCUUUUGAAGGGUUUACAGCCUAGUGUCAUAUCCUACACCAUUAUGAUCCAUGGAUUCUGUCGAGUAGGGUUGCUGGACGAAGCAUAUAAAAUACUCUGGGAAAUGGAAGAAAACAAUUGCUUGCCUAAUGAAGUUACAUACAACACUCUUAUCCAUGGCUGCUUUAAGAAUAAGAUGUAUGAUGGAGGUUGUGUGCUUAUAGAUGAGAUGUGUGCUCAUGGUUUUAAAGUAGAUGCCUUUACCACCUCCAUGCUAUCUGAUAUGCUGCAAUCGAAAGAGCAGGACCCCGGUCUCCUUGCUUUGCAGAAGAAGUUCAAGCCUUUAGUACAUCAAUGAGAGAGUUUAUUAAGGUGACUGGUGAUUGUACUUAUUCUGAUUGACAAAGGUUGCCAUCUAUACUAGAAAGUGAAGAAUUGAGUACAGGUCCAAUUGGUAUACCCAUUUCGGAAUCUAAUAUAUAUCUCUUUGGUGAAGACAUAUCCAGUGAAGGAGAAAUAUAUGUGAGUGGGGUCUACAUUGCUUGUGGCCGGGUACUUGGGUGAUUCAUCUGUAAAUUCACUGGACUAUGUGAAAUUGCGUGAAGAAUCAUUAUUUGGCAUUGCAAGUGUUGGUCCAGGAAGUCGGUGCCUCUAUAAAACUGGAGACUUUGCAAGAAGGCUUAAAAGUGGUGAAUUGGUCUUUCUGGGGAGAAAAGACCGCCCACUGAACGUUAAUGGCCAGCGCAUUUCCCUAGACGAGAUUGAAAAUAUAUUAAGAGAACAUCAUAAUGUAAUCGGUUUUUCUAUGGUGUGCCCAUGGGCACAUGUUAAGUGCUAAAAUCUAUGGAUUUGAAAGCUUUUGAUUGGCUUACACCAUCUAAUAAUGGUGGACCCCCCUGCAUUUACAACAACCACACCAAUCAAACACCUCCAAAUCCAUAGAUUUUAGGACUUAGCAUGUGCUGGGCACACACUAGACAAACCCUAAUGUAAUUGAUGCUGCAGUUAUUUUACGGGGACCUGGAGAAGACCCAAUUUUAGAGGCUUACAUAGUAACUAAAGAGAAGGAUGGGGAUUCUCAAGUUUCUAAUUCCAUUAGAAGUUGGAUGGUCAAAAAGUUCCCUCUGCAAUGAUUCCUAGCCAAAUUUUCUGUAUGAAAUCACUUUCUACGUCUUCCACAGGAAAAGUGGAUUACUCAUUGUUCACCGAUACAAGGAGUUGUGCAACACCCAUUUCCAAUGAGGCAGAAGGUUUUCAAACUAGUGAGCAUUUGCAUGUUAUAAAAAAUGGUUCUUUCUUUGCUUGAAUGUUAUUUACGGUAGCUGCAUAUCAGUGUCAUUACAUCACUAAUGAAUUGGCUCUAUUUCUUGUAUUCAACUGAUGAAGUUAUUUAUGUUACUCCCUCCGUCCUAUUUUAACUGCUUUUGACUUUUUUACACGUACUUUAAGAUGUUAAAAAAAAUCAUAUCUAAACAUAAUUAUUUUUUAUAAAAUUUAUAUCAAAUAAAAGUUUAGAUUCUAAACUUUUAUUUGAUAUAAGAAUUGAAUUUUUUUUAUUGAGUGUAGAUAUUGUUUUUUUAUGCCUCAAUAUACGUGUCAAAAAGUCAAACAUCAGUUAAAAAGGGACAGGAAGUAGUAGAAUAGGGACAACUUUAUGUUCGUUGUUAUACAGUACACUAACACGCACUCACGAUUCUCUGUCCAUUCCAAUGGCAAUGCCACAAUGUCAACUUGUUCCAAUGUACUAGCUAGUUGACUUACCUUGUGUCUGCAGUUAUUUCAAAAGACACUUCAAAAGACUUGAAAUCCAAUUUUAGGAUAAAUUGGCGUAUUUUCUAAUUUCUGCAAUCAUAUAUAACACCUGACUACCGCAGUAUACACCGUACGGAUCAGACACCAAAACCUCAAAUCGAGAAAUAAGUCAAAUCUUCAAAUCGAGAAAAUCAAAAUCCUAAUUGGAGAUCCGAUGCUAAGAAGACUUGAAACUAAUUAGUUCAUGAUUUAUACAUUAAUAAUAUUCUGAUUCGUGGACUAUUCAAGGAUGGCAAGGUUGACGAGGCAAGAAACCUUUUUCAUAAUCUUCUUUUGAAGGGUUUUAUGGCCUAGUGUCAUAUCCUACACCAUUAUGAUCCAUGGAUUCUGUCGAGUAGGGUUGCUGGAAGAAGCAUAUAAAAUACUCUGGGAAAUGGAAGAAAACAAUUGCUUGCCUAAU